UCCUCCUCCCGAACUAGAUGUUUGCACGGAAAACGGGAACCUGCACAACGAAGCUGAGGCUAUAUGUUCUGCUCUCCUGAAUGACCCGUUCAAGCAAUGUAAUGACGCAGUACCGGUUGGAGAUAGAAACGGUGGUCCCAUGAAGGACUGUAUGAUGGACGUGUGUCAAUGUCAUUUGGAAAAAGCGUGUGCUUGUCCUCAAUUUGACGUGUACGCCACGCAAUGUCAAAAUAACGGCUUUGAUGCCGCCCAAUGGAGAGAAAAUGUCGCAUUCUGUCCGUACGAUUGUCCUGAACCAACAGUGUACAUACCUGACGGAGCCACCCCAGUACCAACUUGCCUCAACAGGGACCCGUCGAAGACCGGGACUGUUGCAGGGUGUUUCUGUCCAGAAGGCCAGUUCCUACAGGAUGGACUUUGUGUGGAAGCUAGUGGGUGCAAGUGUCUCUACGAGGGAUAUAUAUGCGAUAACGGAGAAAUUAUAGAAAAGAAAGCAGAGUGCCAAACCUGUACCUGUCAAGAUGUAGGGGAGAUGACGUGCCAAGAAAAAGUGUGUCCAACUCUUAAUUGUAAGGAAGACCAGCUGGAGGCUAGGAAUGAUGAUGAGUGUUGCUCCUACUGCUCAUCUAUAAGUUAUGUUACUUCGACUCCCAAGGAUAUCACCAUCACUGUAGACCAGACAUUGACUUGCAAUAUCGGAGGGCUCGACCCUAGUGGAACCCCUGCUACUGUAACUUGGAAGGAUAAUGAUGGUGCUGAAGUUUUGACAGGGGAUACCGACAACUAUGGUUUCAGCCGAGGAUCAGUAGAUGGAAGCGGAAAUCAGGUAGCAGAACUAACCAUCAAAGCUGCGAAGCUGCCUGAUUUUACUAGUCUAUCAUCAGUGACCUACAAGUGCUCAGUCCAGUCUGGCCAAUACACAGAUUCUCCUGCAACCAGCAACGUAGAAGUCGAAGCUACCAUUCUAACACUGGAUGUGAAAGCUAAGGGUAGCGAAGUGCUGACAAACACAGAAGCUACAAUAUCUUGUGUAGUAAGUGGUUUGAGUCAGCAGCUGGAUGCAGUAACAUGGAAGAAACCUAGUUCGGGUGGUGUUAUAACGGACGGUACUGACAGCUAUAAUAUUGAUAUUGGAACUUACGAUCCUGGUUCAAACAGUCAAACUACAAUUCUGACCGUACCUGCUGGUGAAAGCACGGCUGAUGCUCUUUUCACCUGUGUCAUUCAAUCUGACGAGCAUGCAAAAACAUCAGCGUCUCCAGAAGAGACUGUUGUCAACUCUAACAAUCAAAUUAUUUUAGCCGUCGUUCCGGAGACUCCUAAAAAAGCCACCACCCCUGUGGCUCAGACAUUGACUUGUGAUAUCGGAGAUGUGGUUACAGAUGUCAUUGUGUCGUGGAAGGAUAAUGCUGGGGCUGAUAUAACAAGUGAUAGUGCAGGGUACACCAUCGCACAGGGAUCAGCUGACUCUGGUACCAAAAUUCAGACAUCAACUCUGACCAUCGAUGUUGCCACUCUUACAAGUGUAGCUGUCGCUGCAAAUCCCGCGACAUACAAAUGUGCUGCGCAAUCUGUAGAAUAUUCGGAUUCAGCAACAUCUACUUUCAAAGAGAUUGUUGUCAACUUCCUUACUUUCGAUGUAAAAGCUAAGGGUAGCGAAGUGCUGAAAAACACAGAAGCUACAAUAUCUUGUGUAGUAAGUGGUUUGAGUAAGCAGCUGGAGGCGGUAACAUGGAAGAAACCUUCGGGUGAUGCUAUAACUGACGGUACUGACAGCUAUGCUAUUGAGGUUGGAACUUACGUUUCUGGCACCAACAUUCAAACUACAAUUUUGACCGUACCUGCUGGUGAAAACACUGCUGAUGCUCUUUUCACCUGUGUCAUUCAAUCUGACGAGCAUGCAAAAACAUCAGCGUCUCCAGAAGAGACUGAUGUCAACUCGAACGUUUUCACCGUCGUUCCGGAGACUCCUAAAAAAGCCACCACCGCUGUGGCUCAGACAUUGACUUGUGAUAUCGGAGAUGUGGUUACAGAUGUCAUUGUGUCGUGGAAGGAUAAUGCUGGGGCUGAUAUAACAAGUGAUAGUGCAGGGUACACCAUCGCACAGGGAUCAGCUGACUCUGGUACCAAAAUUCAGACAUCAACUCUGACCAUCGAUGUUGCCACUCUUACAAGUGUAGCUGUCGCUGCAAAUCCCGCGACAUACAAAUGUGCUGCGCAGUCUGUAGAAUAUUCGGAUUCAGCAACAUCUACUUUCAAAGAGAUUGUUGUCAACUUCCUUACUUUCGGUAAGUUUCUUAGGACUUGGUGGUAUUUAUAACUGCCCAUAAAUGAUGCUCUGCUG